UAUUUUUGUUGAAUGUAUUGUAAACAAAACAGUGAAACUAGAUAAUCUUGAGUCUAACUUAGAUCUAGUCUAGAUCUAGAUAUAGUGAUCUAGAUCUAGAUUCUAGUAAGGUAGAUCUAGUUUAGAUCUAGAUUAGUAAGAAAUAAUGGAAGAAAAGAUUUCUAGUGAACUUCUCAAUGAAAGGAGACAAUAUGUGGAGUCAGCUCUAUCUUUUCUUGAGGCAGAAAGAAAGAAAGUGAAUGAUGUUCUUGAGAAACUAGGUCUGUCAUCAGAAGAGCUUCUUAAGACUGAGAAGAAGCAAGUUUGUCCUUAUGAUAAUAAUCAUAUAAUGCCUGAGAAAGCCUUGAAGAAACAUAUUGAAAAAUGUAAGCUAUUGACAGCAGGACAUCAGAAAGAUGAAUUGCCAUCACUUCUUCAGGAUCUAGACUCAUUUUAUUCCAAUGCAAACUCAAUACUUAAAAUUGUAAUAGAUGAAAAUUUAUUGAACAAAAUUAUUUGGGACCAUAGCAUUGCUACUGGCCAAGUGUACACUGGUCAUCGCAAGAUGCCUAUCAGUCACAUAGAUGAAAAUAUUGUGCUGACUCAGGAAGAUAGAUUGGCUCUUUAUCAAUAUGUAGUACGAGGUUCUCAUGAAGCUGGCAAAGUUAUUCCAGUUGACCGCAAUGAUGACUUGCUGACCACUGAUUGGGGUAGCCUUGUUAAAAAAGGUUUACUGGAUGAGCAGAAUAACAAGCAGUAUUCUUCUAAACUUGAACAGCUAGCAGCUCUCAGGGACUUGAAGAGAAGACGUCAGAGUUACAGAGCUAAGAAUGUGCAUAUUACUAAAAAGUCUUAUACUGAGAUCAUUCGAGAAGUUAUAUACAAUCAGAUGGAAAUUUUGGCACCAGAGGAGAGACACAAAGAUGUUAACUCUACAGGUGGAAAGGAAGAGGAUGAACAAUCUGAAUACAAUGCUAACAAAGUUGCAUAUCCAGAUAAAGAAAGAAGAAGAGAGAGUCCUAAGCGAGGAUCUAAUGAUUCCUGGAGGGCAAGAGACGUAGAGAGAAAUAGGUCAAGAGAAAGGUCAAUUGAAAAAAGAAGAUCCAGAAAUUAUUAUGUUAGAGGAAGGGAUAGAUCUAGAGAAAGAAAAAGAUCAAAAGAAAGAGAUAGGUCAUGGGACAGAUCCAAAGGUAGAGACAGGUCAAGAGAGAGGAGAAGAUCAAAGGAAAAGUCAAGACAUAGAGACAGGUCAAGAGAAAGAUUCACUGGAGAUAAGAGACAUGUAAUUACGAAUGAGGAUGAAAAAAACAAUGAUAGAGAUCCCCCUCAAAGCUCAUCUUUGCAUGGUGAUACAAACAACAUAGAUGCCACGCCCAAUGCUUUAACAGAAGUAGGCUUGAAUUUAUUUCAAGAAAUCAAAACAGAAGCAUUAGACAUUGAUACACCCAUCUUGCCUUCUAGUGAGAUCUUGGCCAAUGUCUUGGAUAAAGAACCCAAAGCUAGUUCCUCUGAUAGUGACACUAGCUAUAGACACAAAUCAAAACAUAAAAAACAUAAGCAUAAAAAGCAUAGUAGAAGUAAAAAGCAUAAAAGCAAAGACUGAAUCCUAGCUUACAAAAUAUUGUUGUUUCUUAUUGCAUUUAAUUCUGAUUAGUACAUAAAAACAACUUUUGUGAUUUUUUGUGAAUGUAUUUUUCUUUUCUACAAAUAAAGUUUGUACCGGUAUCAGGUACAUAAUUAUAAAU